AAUCCUUUCACCUUUUCAUCGCCACAAACAAUCAACUAGUCAUGGCAUCUCUUCAUUCACUUCUCUCAUUCGCUGCAUUGGCAACUACAUUCUCUGUUGUUUUUCUUUGUAGCUUCUCUCUUAUUGAGGCUUCCAAUGGGGGCUUUAGUGUGGAUCUAAUCCACCGUGACUCUCCAAACUCUCCCUUCUAUGACCCUUCAGAAACUCCUUCACAGCGCAUAGUCAAGGCUUUGCGUCGUUCCAUUAACCGUGUCAAUCAUUUUAAGCCAACUUCUUCACUCUCUACCAAUGCAGCUCAAGCAGAUAUAAUCUCAAAUCGAGGUGAAUACCUCUUGAAAUACUCUGUUGGUACACCACCAGUCCAAAUCCUAGGCAUUGCUGAUACUGGUAGUGAUUUGAUUUGGCUACAGUGCAAGCCUUGCAAUGACUGCUACAAGCAAACAGCUCCACUUUUUGAUCCUACAAGGUCAAGAACGUACAAAGAAGUUUCAUGCUCUUCAUCCCAAUGUCAGUCUCUAAAAGGAACCUCAUGCUCAGGCAGCGAUGAUUCAAGUUGCUCAUACUCCGUUUCUUAUGGCGAUCAUUCUUUCUCAAAUGGAGACCUUGCUGUUGACACUCUCACUCUGGGAUCAACUACAAGCCGUCCUGUGCCUCUCCCUAAAACUAUCAUAGGGUGUGGACACAAUAACGGUGGAACCUUCAAUGCAAACGGUUCUGGGAUUGUUGGCCUUGGAGGUGGCGCGGUUUCUCUUGUUUCCCAAUUGGAUUCUUCAAUUGAUGGCAAAUUCUCCUACUGCUUGAUUCCAUUAACUUCCCAAGGCGAUACCACAAGCAAAUUGAAUUUCGGUAGUAAUGCCGUGGUUUCGGGUUCUGGAGCCGUGUCUACUCCCAUAGUCCCCAAAGAUAUUGACACCUUCUACUACCUAACACUCGAAGCAAUUAGUGUAGGCAGAAACAGAAUCGAAUUGACCAAGCCUUCCCAAUCCGGAGAUUCAGCAGAGGGCAAUAUUAUCAUUGAUUCAGGCACAACAUUGACAAUAUUGCCAUCAGACUUGUACCCCGAUUUUGAAUCAGCAGUAAAAGCCGAAAUUGAUUUAGCACCUACUGAAGACCCGAGUGGAGUUCUAAGCCUUUGCUACGAGUCAUCAUCAGAUGAUUUUAGCGGUCCAAGUAUCACAGCUCAUUUCACCGGUGCAGAUGUGAAUCUGAGUUCGAGCACUACCUUCAUCAGAGUAGAUGAGCAAGUUGUGUGCUUGGCUUUCGUUGCUGCAUCAGAUGAACCAGGGUCAAUCUCCAUUUUCGGUAACUUGGCCCAAGCCAACGUGUUGGUAGGCUAUGACGUUGUGAAGAGAACUGUGUCUUUCAAGCCAACGGAUUGCACAAAGCUUUAA